ACAGUGAUUAAUCAAUUUUAAAAGUUUUAUAAUGGCAUUUGGAGUAUGGCGUAGGGCCCUCUCUUCACCCUGCUUUCUUCACUCUACAUAUUCUUUAUCAACUCUCCUCCAAAAAUUCCAAAGCUCUACCUUCAUAUUCACCAAAGAACAAUUGACCUCAUGCUCGGUCUCCUCCCAUUUUUCAUAUAAGGCUCCGGGUUCAGUUUCACGUUUCAUGUCCACAGCAGCUGUUGCAUCGCAAAGUUUUCGUACUAUGCAGUCCUUGUCAACGAAUGAGCCUGUUGUUUCAGCUGACUGGCUUCAUGUGAACCUACAAGAACCGGAUUUGAAGGUGUUGGAUGCAUCCUGGUACAUGCCAGAUGAACAACGAAAUUCAGUUCAAGAAUAUCAGGUUGCCCAUGUUCCUGGUGCAAUAUUAUUUGAUAUUGAUGGCAUCUCAGAUAAGACUACCAACUUGCCGCAUAUGUUGCCGUCAGAAGAAGCAUUUGCUGCUGCUGUUUCUGCCCUUGGCAUUGAGAAUAAAGAUAAUAUUGUUGUUUAUGAUGGGAAGGGAAUUUUCAGUGCAGCUCGUGUUUGGUGGAUGUUUCGUGUAUUCGGACACGAUAAUAUUUGGGUCUUGGACGGUGGCUUACCUAGAUGGCGUGCUUUAGGGUUCGAUGUUCAGUCAAACUCGUCAAAUGAUGCUAUAUUGAAAGCUAAUGCUGCAUAUGAAGUGAUAGAGGAAGUAUACAAAGGACAUAAGGUACCAAUUACGUUCCAAACGAAGUUUCAACCGCAUCUGCUGUGGAUGAUGGAGCAGGUUCGUAAAAACAUGGAGGAACAGACAUAUCAACAUGUGGAUGCUCGCUCAAAAGCUAGAUUUGAUGGUGUUGCACCGGAGCCACGGAAGGGGAUAAGAAGUGGCCACAUUACAGGGAGCAAAUGUCUUCCCUUCCCCCAGGUGUUGGAUGACUCUCAGAUGCUCCUACCUGCAGAUGAGCUGAAGAAGAAAUUUGAUCAAGAAGGGAUCUCACUGGACCACCCCAUUAUGCUAUCAUGCGGCACUGGUGUGACUGCUUGUAUUGUGGUAUUGGGCCUUCAUCGACUAGGGAAGACUGAUGUUCCGGUAUAUGAUGGGUCGUGGACAGAAUGGGUAGUAGUUGAAGAUACACCUGGGGUUUGAUUAGUAUUGAUCGCUCGUGGACAUCCAAGGGCGUGAAGUUUUUGUUCCUGUGGUAGACACUUCUCGUGGCAUUCGGGUGGUGAAGACAAUAGCCAAGCAUGGCAACAUCACAUCAACUUUUCUCUCUUUCUUCGACUCUAUUUCCCAGAUGAUGAACAUUGGGUGUCAUCUUAAACUGUUUCUUUUUAAGUUAAAAGGUCUUUAUUUUUAUCUUUUUCUCCAUCUGGAAGUUGAAACUGAGUUCCAAAUAGUGUGGAGAUUCAUUUCAUCCAGAACUCAUUGAGAUAUACCUGCACUUGAAUGAAGUGAAUUUGAAGCAA